UAUGUUCUUAGUGUCUUGAAAAAAGUGACAUACAACGAACUGUACGGAAACAACAUUCGUAUUAUGUACGAUGUUGGUUGUAAGCUACGAACUGCUUUAAAGAAAACACCAGAGUUGAAGGACAUCGAAGAUGUUCCCAUUGCAGUCGGUAUCUUCCAUAUUACCGGACACAAUGCUGCUUGCCAAAUUCAAUUCCAUCCUCGUUUGGUAAAAGGCUUUGGCAUGAUCGAUGGCGAGUGGCUCGAGCGAAUGUGGUCAUACCUCAACGGUUUUGUAUCCAUCACACGU